AUGAGCUUCCAGUCGUGGCCAUCGAUACAGGGCACGAGCCAGGCCUCGAUGACGCAGGCAGCAUCGAGCCAGCCCGGCCUUAGCGGCGCGUCGCGCCUCAGCGCCCUGACGGGGAGGCCGGCUCACAGCAUGUUCUCCCGCUCGAAUCAUCGCCUGCCCGCAGUCUCCGCGCAUCUCCACAGGCAGGCGCAGUCGCAGGCUCCAGCCACGCCCAUGUCGGCUAGCUCGGACACGGUCGUCGCUUUCGACGAAGGACUUAGGCCGCCUCCGCCUCCUCCGCCGUCUCAGCAGCAGCAGCAGCAGCAGCAGCAGUGCUCGCGUCCCUCUUCCUCCACGCGCGCGGGUCGUCCGAGCACGGCGCCUAAUUCGGCGCAGGUCGACCAGGAGCAUCAGGAGCUCCUACUGUCGCUGCAAGACACGGUCCACAACCUCUACGCAGAGGUUCGAAACCUUGGCAAGGAGCGCAGGCAAGAUGCCGGGCGGGUGGACAACCUGCUGGCCGAACAUCACCAGCAGCUUCGCGACGAUCUUGGCGGACAGCUCGAUGUGCUCAAGGAGAGCGCCUGCUCCCAUUCCGAUCGACUCGCAGACCAGAUCAAACCGCAGAUGGAAGCGGUCUUGUGCAGCCUCAAAGGCGUGCAGGGCCAUGUCUCGGCCAUGCAGCAAUGGCAAGAGGCCCAGGAGAACCGCCAGAGGGAGUGGCACGAAGAGCUGAGACGCGAGCAGCUCCGCUGGCAAAAUCUUCAGUCGGCGCGACAACAAGAGCUCCAGAAGAGGCUGGAAGAGUCACAGCAGAGUAUCGUGCGGCAGCAACUGGAGGCGCAGCGGGCCUUUGACGAGCAGCGGAAGGCCGCAGGCGAACAGAUCCAGACCCAGGCUCGCGUCGAAAAGGGGCUGGUGCACAUCGCCGAACUUUUGGGCAGAGUCAGCCAGGAGCGCGACGCAAUCUUGACGACGGUGCCACCGAGCACGGCACCGGGGCCCUCGGGCGCUGUUCCAGCACCACAGCACGCGUGCCGCGGUAUCACGGCCGAACAGUUCGGACAGAUGCUCGAGCAGCACCUUUUCAAGGUGCCCGACGGACCCCUUGGAGCGCUGCUUGGCAAGCGCGUCGCCGAGAUGGUCGAGAGGCAGUUGGCCCGGACUUUGUCCAAGCGCCAACGCGGCAUCGAUCUCGAAAGGGACAGCGACCUCGAGGCGGGCCCAGAACAAGGCAUGAAGAGGGUAUUUGCGCCGAGCUCAUCGGUCCAAAAGCACCGUAGCCCGGCUAAGGACCCGGCCGCGAGGCUGGUCGUCGUCGACGUACAAAAGCAGCGCCUGGUCGAUCCAGACGCCGCUGGUCCGCUGUCCUCGAAGCCUGACAAGCAGCGAAAGGCCUCGAGACGCGCAGAUGAGCCGAUGCCGCAGCAACUGGUCGAGUCUGGGCGGGCCUACAACCUCCGCGAUCGGCCGCGUCGACAGGAAGAAGCGAGGCCCUCGACAGCGGCAGGCAUCCUGCUCAGCACGGAAUCAUGGACGGGCACCGGCCAGACCUCGACGGUGCGGGCGCCCGCUGCAGCCAGUGUCGGGGCUGGCGCCUCAAAGACCUCGACCAAAAGGACGCGGGUCCCGCACGUAGCCCCGGAUCGUCCAGCAGGGCUCUACCGGGCGGGACAGCAGAAUAAGCGCAAGCUCACCGAUGGAUUCGACCACGAGCCGAGACGGGGGAAAGAGGAAGACGACGACAGAAGCGAUGAUGAGGGCGAAGCUGAGGAUGGAGCGUAG